AAAGAAAAAAAAAUGAGAAAUUGUAUUGUUUACCUGCAUACCCAUUGUAAAUUAAAAACUGUAUAUAUAAAUACACUUAAAAGUACUGAUAACACUUCCUUAAGAAGUAGACUUUAGACUUUUAACCUGAUUAUUUUGUUUUAAUAAACAUUAAGAGUUUUGGGAGUUACUAUGGCUCUUAAAGGUGUAAAAGUGAUUGAGAUGAUGGGGUUAGCUCCAGGACCUCUCUGUGGGACUAUUCUUGCUGAUUUUGGUGCAUCAGUCACAGUAAUACAAAAGAUUGAUAGCAUAGCCAAUACAAUUGAUGUUAUGACAAAUGGAAAAAAAAUUAUAAAAAUAAAUUUGAAAACUGAAGAAGGUGUUCAAGUUGUUAACAAGAUGUGUUCAUCUUCAGAUGUUCUGAUUGACACUUAUAGACCUGGGGUUAUGGAAAAAUUAGGAUUAGGUCCAGAAUCAGUAUCAAGAAUGAAUCCAAAGUUGAUAUUUGCUAGGUUAUCUGGUUAUGGACAGAAUGGGUUUUACAAGAAUAAAGGUGGCCAUGAUAUAAACUAUGUCGCUAUGUCGGGACUGCUUUCAUUAUUUAGAAAGAAUGAUGAACCACCAUUUAUACCACUUAAUUUGGUUGCUGAUUUCGCUGGUGGUAGCUUAAUGUGUGUUGUUGGGAUUCUAAUGGCACUUUUAGAAAGAAGUAAAUCUGGCAAGGGACAAGUUGUUGAUUGCAGUAUGACUGAAGGAGCUGCAUAUUUAGGAACAUGGGUGUUUAAAUCUAGGAAAUUACCAAUUUGGCAAGGGGAACCAGGGACAAAUUUGAUUGAUGGUGGAGCACCAUUUUAUGCAACCUAUAGAACAAAAGACAAUAAAUUUAUGGCUGUUGGUGCAUUAGAACCACAGUUUUACUCAAAUUUAUUAAAGGGGUUAGAAUUAUCUGAUGAUGAUUUGCCUGAAGAUAAUAAUCAGCACAGAGAAAAAUUUCAGGAGGUAUUUUUGAGAAAAACUCAAGAAGAAUGGUGUAAUAUAUUCGAUAAACUUGAUGCUUGUGUAACCCCUGUCCUUGAUAUUGAUGCUGUGGAUGCACAUCAGUGCAACAUAUCAAGAAACUCAUUUUAUAAGGACAGUGACAAUUUUAUUGUACCAGAACCAGCACCGAAGUUGUCAGCAACUCCAGGAACUUCCUCGGGCAAAAAGCCUCAGCCAAAAGGUGAUGAAAAUGCAAUUGAAAUACUACAAGAGUUGGGGUAUAAAAACAAUGAAAUCAAUGACUUGAUCAACAAGGGCAUAGUUAAAGCAGAUAAGAAAGCUAAACUUUGAUUGAGUAAUAAUUUGAAUA